GCAGUAAUGGCGGGGGAUACUAGGUUAAAUACAAGCUGGCCUCAAGUGUUGGUUCACUCCAUUCAUAGAUUCGUUCUUUUGUUAGAGAUCAUUGUUAGGAACCUGACAAGAAAGAAAGCCUGAUCAUUAAUUAAUCCCAUAUCAAAGCGUCAGUCAAGAUGAAACUAGUGGCCAUCGUGCUAGCCCUCACGGCGCUGUCUGACCGCUGCUCCACGUCUGUCCACCUGGUCCAGUCGGCCGGCCCCGCGCCCAACUCCACCCUGGACUACCUGGCCAGGACCCUGGACAGUCUGCAGCUGGCUCUCGGCUUCUUCCAGAGGGAGCAUCGCCACGUCAAUCUGGACGCGAUCAUCGGGACACGUGUGGUAGAAGCAUCCUUGAACGUCUUGCUGCAAAAACUUGACGCAGCAGACCUGACUUCCGUCGUGCCUCCCAGCGCCAUCUCGCGGGUUCAAAUUCUGCGAGAUCUCGCCCAUGACGUCAGCGUCGCAGCGACCCCCUACAUAAAGGCGAAUGAGCCCGACUACUACGCGAAGAUAGGCCCCAUCAUAGAGGAAGGCCUGUUUGAACUGGACUACGACAGCAGGUCAGUCAGCAAACCCGGAGAAAUCUGGCCAGUCAACCCUGUAGAGGCCAUGGAAGAAUCCGAGUCGGACAGUUGCCUGGCUGAGCUGUUUGGUACCAGCACCAAUGGAAUGACAUGCGCAAUCACCAAGAACUGUUGGGAGAAGAUGACCAAGUUUGGCUACAGCGGUUAUUCCCUGACUCAUGAGAUUUUUUAUUUAGAAAUCGCAGAACGGUUCGGCUGUCAACUAGAAAUCCAGUCCAUGAUAAAGGCCCAUGGUCAGAGUAGUUUAAGAAAUCUCCAUGACGUCUUCUGUGCUAAUAUUCUAUUUGAGGCUAAUGGUAUUGCAGCUAGCGGGUUUCCCGUAAAUCUACAGGAUCUAUUCAUGGAACAGGCUGCCCUCUGCGGCAUGCUGGGCUACAGGGAUUUCUUCAACAACGACUGGCUGAACAAAAUUCUCUCUUGGCAAGACCGGAAGGACGGCUGCUACAAGUGGGACGGCUGGGACAAGGAGCCAGGACAAGAUGCUAAAAUGUAUCACCGGAGAAGCAAGCGAGAAGAGAAACGAGUCACGAAAGGAUGUUUGUGCCAUCGAACAACGGUGGCCGCAUCAGCGUUAGUGCAGUACGUGCGCUACAUCCUGGAAGUCUGGCUCCUGGAACAAGUGUAAAGAAAUAUAUUUUUUUCGCUGGGACACACGUGGAAAUUGUUUAAAAUACUGAUUGUUUUGCGCCAAUUAAAAAUUA